AAAGGAGCUCCCACUUGUGGCCUUGACAAGUGAUGGAAAUGUGAAGCUCAAGAGACGGAGAUAAUCUGCGACGGGGAGCUGCUCUUAAAUGCCUUUUUGUGCCGUUUUGCAGAAAGUGUGACGUGCCAUAUGUGGAAACAUUGAGAUUUUGUAGACGCUCUCUUGGGGUAGGUCGUACUAUCGCGAAAAGAAAGCUUGUAUCGCGAGUACGCAGGAAACGCGUUGGCUUUUCGUUACGUUGAAAGAGAAACGGUAGUGAGGAGGCCAUUUAGCUCGUAGGCGACAGCACGUCUGUUCCUGUGUGUGCAUCCCGUUUAGGCAGAAACUACCCUUUAGCCUGUGAACGGUUCGCACUUGCUCCACAAUUUGGUCCACCGUUAAAAGCAGUUCUUACGUGGGUGAAAAUGGCCACUGUGCACCUAUUCAUGAGCAUAAUCGGGGCUGCUUGCUCCUUCAUUAUGCUGAGUACGCCAGCUCAGGGAGAAGUUUACACUGCUUUGGUCGACCUAGAGAAUCUUCUGCAUACAGAAGGUGCCAUCGUUCACACUCUUCAACGUUACCUGGAUGCUGAAGAGGAUAGGCUAGAGAAGAUAAAAAAGCUUCGACAAGAAUUCAGCCAGCUGCACAAGGCUGCCAGUAGAGAUGGUGAUGAAUUCAUCUCCAAUCCUGUAAAUGCAUUUCUUCUUGUAAAGAAGCUCACAGCUGAUUGGAAAACUAUUUCAAGACUGAUGCUGAAUACAGAAGGAAAAGCGAUGGUGGAGAAUAUAACACACUCUGGCCACCUGCGCUUCCCAGAUGAAGAAGACCUCACAGGAGCAGCAGUUGCUUUGCUUAGGCUGCAAGACACAUACCGCUUAGAUACCGCAAGUCUGGCAAAGGGCCGUAUUCAAGGUGUUACUAGGCCAUCCCCAGAACUUUCUGCGGGUGAUUGCUUUGAGCUGGGCCGGCAGUCAUACAACAAUGAAGACCAUUACCAUACAGUAUUGUGGAUGCAAGAGGCACUUGACAGAGUUGAUGAAGAAGUGGACAAGACUGCUGACAGGACUGAAAUUCUGGAGUAUCUUGCGUUCUCCACUUUUCAGCAAGGAAAUAUUCAUCAUGCACUCAAACUGACAAAUGACUUGCUCGCCGCUGUGCCCGACCAUCCCCGUGCUCCUGGAAAUAAGCGGUACUAUGAAGAUACUUUGGCAAAACGAGAGCAGUACAAACGAGGAGAUGAUGGCGAUAUCUCUGAAGAUGACAGCAUCACUUCGAAGAAAAAGUCUCCACUUCCAGAUGCUGACUCUGAACGGGGCAUCUAUGAAAGGCUUUGCCGAGGAGAAAAGUUUCCACCAUUAUUCCAUGAUCGGGAGCUGACAUGCCAGUACCGUACCAACAACCGGCCAUAUCUUCUGCUGCAGCCAGCCAAAGAAGAAGUGAUGUUCCCAAAGCCACGAAUUGUCAUUUACCAUGAUGUUUUGUCUGAACAUGAAAUGAACGUCAUCAAGACAUUAGCACAACCAAGGCUGAGGAGGGCCACCGUGCAGAACUACAAAUCUGGCGAAUUGGAAACUGCCAGCUACCGUAUUAGCAAGAGUGCCUGGCUGAAGAAUGAAGAGCACGGUGUCAUAGCCCGUGUAACUCGGAGAAUAGAAGACAUCACGGGAUUGACUGCAGACACUGCUGAGGAGCUUCAGGUGGUCAACUAUGGAAUAGGUGGCCAUUAUGAACCUCAUUUUGACUUUGCAAGGCGAGAGGAAAAGAAUGCUUUCCAAAGCCUUGGGACCGGUAACAGGAUUGCGACUUGGCUGAACUAUAAAAAAGGCAAGCAAAAACUACCACCGCACUUGUCAAAUGGCAACCGGGUUUCCACGUGGCUUAACUAUAUGAGUGACGUGUCUGCUGGUGGUGCAACAGUGUUUCCUCAGCUGAGGUUGACCCUUUGGCCAAAGAAGGGUGCUGCUGCUUUCUGGUACAAUCUUCAUCGGAGUGGUGAGGGGGACAUGCUCACACGGCAUGCUGCUUGCCCAGUUCUUGCUGGCUCAAAAUGGGUCUCGAACAAAUGGUUCCAUGAACGAGGUCAAGAAUUUCUUAGGCCAUGUGGCACACGCAUCAACCAGUGACGUACAAUCAAGCCCAAGUGUAGCAAUGGCAGUGCAUCAUGUGGAGCACCGACUUCUGUCCCUGCCACUCUGCAACAAGUUGGCUCUAGACAAGCUAAGCGGUUACUCUUCAUAGGGAACAACAUACAACUCUGUGCCUUGACACCUCAAUGUUGACACCUACUGUCAAAGUCCUUGAAUACUCUUGACAUUGUGCAGCUUUUGCCAUCCAGCAUUGUAGCUUGUUUGUUGUCAAGCCUUUAGCUUACAUCUUACAUUGUUCUUUAUCCUGCAGAUUUAUUGUGCUGGCCACAAUAUCACGAACAAAAAGGUCCCAACUCGGUAAAAUAUUUUAUCUUUGUAUUUCUGUCUUUUAGAAACGUGUAAUUGCAUUUAUGCCAUGAGCUUUGUCAGGAGACAAUACAUGCCUGAUUACUUACAAAGGAGGGCAAGUUUUGUUAUACCAUAUACGUAAAGAGGCCCUGUAAUGCUCAUGUAGUUCUUAACAUGAACUUUUAUACCACUAUGUGCUGUUGUGCAAAGAACAACUCUCUUAGCCUUUUAUAUGUGCUUAUGUGUUUUAUAAAUUGCCAACAAUUCUGGAAUCGCAAUGAUCUAAACUUUAUUGGGCUAAAUUUUAGUGCUACUAGAGAGACAUGCUUCAAUUGGCCUAGUAAUACUGAUAAGUAGUUGCCUUUUUUUUUUUUUUUCAUUUCAGACCACUGCAUACUUUUGCCAACUUUUUUGCUUCUAAUCCAAGCCAGCAUUGGGAGGUAAUUAGAGAGGAUAGCUAACUGUGUUUACAGGUAAAGCAGUGUAGCAAUUAUGCAAAUUAAGAUGUAGUGUGACCAUGCCAACUUGCAGAGUAUUGUGGGCACGGUAUGUGCUGCAUUGGGUGUGGUAGAAUGUGUUCGAGGUGAUAAAAUGAAGCCGCAAAAAUGUCAAGCAACAGCUUCAUCAACUCUAGUUUCAGACAGCCAUUUUUUCAAGCACAUCACAGAAUGUCAAAUGAUAUUUAAUUCUAUAGUUAAUCAAUCAGAAUAUUUUUAAAAAGUAGGAAGGCUAUGCCAAAGUAAGAUUUAAGACCUCAGUAAAUAAGACCUAGAGCCUAGAAACUGUAUGUGUUUAUGGUGUGACUAUUUAGUGCACUGUCGCAUUGACAGAGCUGAGAUCACGAAGUGCAGAGGCUGCAUUCACUUACUAGAAUAUGGUCCGUAUUCUGAAAAGCAGUCUAGCUGCAGCAUUCAAGGCUGCAUAUAUGUAUAGCCUUCACACUUAGGUGCUCUAGGGACUGCGCUGAUGAUUGGUCAUGAUGUUCCAAUCGACAGGUUGCUCGUGACAUCAGUUCUGAUCAUGCAUCCACCACUGCCAAGAACAUUUUAAGGGCAGUGCUUGUUUUAGACUGCACAGCAGAUCAUGAGCAUUUUGUGCUUUGCCAUGUGAAUGUGUGUUUAUGGCAUGGUGGAGGAGGAUUUUUCUAUUAACAUUUUGGACUGAUGCAGUUUAGUACAGAGAAGAAAAUUUUCCACCUGUCAUUGAUCUAUUCAGCCCCCAGACACAACGAACUUAUAGGAUCUAUAUGGACUCGAGCGGAGGGAAAAUCGCCAUGCGCAGCUGUUUCAAUUGAUAUAAACUCUCAAAAGUUAUGAAGCGUAAUGCCAGAUGUCACUUGUCGUGGCAUCGCAAAUUGUCUUGUCAAGCAGCAUGGUGGUCAUGCUCAUUUGUAUUCCAGUUAUAUGUGCAGACAUUGCCCAGUGUUUUCAAGUUUCUCACAUUGACCUACACAAGCCACAUGCCUCACCGCUUCUCCUUGUUUGAUUGUGCUGGUUUGUCAUUACCUUUGAUGCUACGUCUUUUUUUGUUUAGUUGACUUGAAUUCACUUCUUAUUCUGUAGCAAAAUACGAUUUGCACAAUAUUUGAGCAAGCGACAUGGCUAGUGGGGAGGAAUGCAAAUACCGCAGAGCUCAAUCUUUUGAGGAUUUUAACUGUUUCAAAAUGUAAACCUUGUCACCUGUAACGUACUAGAUAAUCGUGGCACUGUGUCCCACAGUUCUGUACAGCAGCAUGUGCACAGCAGAACCUCAUUGAUACAUACUUGUUUGUUAUGUUUUUCCAGCUCCUAUGCUCUGAGAUGUCGUUCCUGUUUGCUUCACGAAGAGUUAUCUGGAUACAUGGCUUUCAAUUUUUGGUUUCUCUUUCCAGUUGUUACAUUCAAAAACAGCAGUGACACACCACCAACAUAACAUCAGUACGUAUAAUGAGCAAGCUGUGGAAUGAACAAGGGCUCGCAUGAUCUAUCUUGAUUAUGCUUUUUAUUGUCGUGACCCCAAGACAUUAGAGUUACGGAGCGUUUUGCACAUUGUUGCCUCUGCCCACAACAUCAAUGUGAAGAGAAAAUGAAUGAAGAAACAAGCAGUCACUUUAAACAAGGUUAAUGGAUUUAGUCAUAAUCUUAGAUACCCGCCUUUGCUCUUGGUUUAAUGUAUCUAGCUGUUCAGAAACUGAGAAAAAGCUGCAAAUACUUGUAGAAAGGGCUGCUGUUGGCUAAUAUUUGACCGAAGCAGAAAAAAACUAAAAAAUUGAAGUUAGUGUGAUUCAUACCUGCGACCAUUUUAAAUGUGUUUAAUGUUUGGUUUAACUACCAGACAAUUAUGCCAACCAUUAUUUAACUGGUUUUGAAGAAUUAAUUCUUUUUCUAUCCAUCUUCAAGUAGAAUUUGAUGUGAAAGAAGCUUGCCUUAGCACUGCCACAAACAUGACUAGAUGUUACAUUUUCCUGUUAAGUGCAGUUUUCUUUGUGGUUCUCUAAGAAACAUAUUAGUAGUGGGGUUCUCAUGUGUUUACCUAAAGGGGAAUAUCAAAAAGGUAAUGCUCACAUAACAGUUUCACAAGAGUUACACAGCUUUUCUUAUGUAUCUUUCAUGAUUUCUUUCACAAUUUCAAGCUUUAUCCAUUGUAGAAGUUGAGAAUUUUUUGUGUGUUUGGGUCUCACACGUAAAUAGAACUUCGCUACAUGAGGCGACCAGGCUUUCAGCAAUUACUUUAAGUGUCAUAUGUAGUCCUGUUUUGACUUAUUAUUUGUAGAAACUCAGUAAUGGCGGCACAGUCUUAUAUAUACAGUUAAAAUUCAAUCUAAUUAAAUAGUAUAUAUACUAAAAUUUGAUUAAAUCGAGAGUUUCAUAAAAUUGGGAAAGGAAAUUUUCAAUUUUUCGAUAUCUAAAAUUGUUACACAGCAGCACCCAACAGGUACCAAUGCAUUGUUUUUGUUAGAAACUCAUGCCUGCAUAUCUGAAAAGUUCGCGAGGGCAGCCUGAGGGCAGGCAGCCCAAUGGUGAUCCUGACAUAAAGGACACCAUGCCGCUGCCGUGCAGGCCAGGUAGCUGGUCUCAUAGCUGCCACCUAUGACCACUUCUGUUAUGCCAUGAUGUAGUGAACACAUGCAGUGACUGUGUCAGCUAGACAAGAAAAAAAAGGUAGAAGGUGAUAAUCAGUGGUAUUCAUCGCAUGAACUAUGAAAUAACCAAAGCAAUCACUGUUGCCUCUAGCACCAUAUUGUACGAAAGAAUGCUACUGGCUGCCAAGUCCGUUGUUCCAUGCAUUGGCACACCUUACAGCCUCGUGAAAGCAACACUAGGGUCAUAACUAUGGCACCUAGAUGUUUAAAUGUGGCAGCAUUAGAGUGCAUGCUCAAAGAAAAGCCCAUCUCUGCCAAAAUAAAAAAAACUACUCUUUCUUAAUGCUAUUGUUUCAGGAAAAGCUUUAGUGAAUUGAGUUUUUAGUGGCCAAAUUAGUUGGUUACUUACAGUUGAUGGCAACACUGUACCCUAUGGGUGUUUGCCAGGAAAUGGAAAUUUUUUUAUUAGAUCGCAAACUUCGUAAAAUCGGAUUUCAUUCAAUCGAGUUUCGACAAAAUUUUCAAGGUAGUGAAAUACUAUAUUGUGAUUCAUAACUGUGUAUAUCCAGGUUACAGUGCCUUUGGUAUUUAUUUUUUCCAAAAUAUGGUACACUUCUUGAAAUUUCUAGUUUUGCAUAAAAACUCAGAAUGUUUCACUGUACAUUUAUAAACUAUCUUUCAUAGGCUCUUCUUCGGCAGUAAGUUUUUUGCAUCAGGCUUGCCUUCUUUUCUGUGUCAGUGUACGUGUUUGAAAGUCUAGUGUACUAGUUGAUACCGAAUAUGUUGUGUGAUUGUGCAUAAUAAUAAAAAAUAUAAUUAUAAUAAUAGCAAAAAUCAUAAUUAUUUUUAUUUGCACAGCAGCAUGAACUCUCUGGUGUUGUGUGAGGCUAUAGAAAAAGUAAAUAACUUUGUACUCAUGCACUUGCUAGCCUUCUACCUAAGGGUAGCAUGUUGCUCAACAGUGGUUGCAUCUAACACAUGGAAUACCGAAGUAUACAAGAAGCCAUUUGUAGGGAGGUGUGCAGUAUCAUGUGGUGAUGUGGCAAUGAAUUAGCUAAGGAAUUCUCAUAUUUGAGCAUAGACAGAACCAGACUUUCCAGCACUAUGCAUCUGCAGACACGAAAUGUUAAAUAUAAUACAGUGUAGGCACAACACUGAGUGCUAUUUCUGAAAUAAUUUUGUUCUCAUUGAUAGUUUGGAAUUAUAGCAGAAUUUCUAAAAAAAAUAUUGACAUAGCUGGCACUUUUUUCUCCUUCUUUGGUUUAAUCAUCACGAUUGUCAUGAGGUUGCAGUUUAUCAACAUAAAAUAGAAUAAAAAGGUCUAUUUCUAUGCAAAUUUCGGUGCUCAACAUUCUUAGUCACCUCGCAAAGAUGUCUACAUCAAGGUUGCUCACUGACAUACUGAAAAAUUCGUGGAGGUUUCAUCGGUUACAUAAAGUGAGGGAGGCGGAUCUGAUAUCCUGUCGGCGGCCGCAUAAUACUGUGCUGUGGGUCGCGUGUUGUUGACCCCUGGUUUAAACCAAAAGUGCUGAACCAAUUUAUAUCAUAACGUAAGUUCACACGAUGCAUUGAGCAAGGAAUUCUUGCUGUUCACUUUCUCAUUGUUUAUGCGCAAGAAAUGCUGUCAAGGAGACCAUUGAGUAAACACUUUCAGAUGUAAGUUUGCUUGUGGUAACCGUAAAUGAGUCCAAAGGUAUUAGAAGAUAACAGUGCAAUUAGCAAUAGCCAAGCUCUUUCUGUCUGUCUCUCCCGUCUACAUGUGUAUUUGUUGUGUGUUGUGUAUAAAUAUAUUUUGAUCUAUUCGUUUUCUUCAAGCUUGUACGAUGAGGUUCUGCUGGAAUUACGUGCUGUCAGUGAUAGUACUGAAACUAUGCUGUUGUAGAGGCAAUUUCUUUUAGUUCAGUGCUGUUAUUACCUGUGGAUUUUUUUUUCUCAUGUUUGGGUUGCAUUUGUGCUAGGCAUAUAAUAAGCAGCUUAUUGUUUUCAUUUUUUUUUCUUUACUAGAUUGAGAGCUUCAAAAGCACAGUUACAUUUUACUUUUUUUUUUUCAACUUUGUGAAACUUGUGAGAAGCAAGCCAUAUUAGAAUGUCUUGAAUGGCUUGUUUCCGCUUGUGAAGUACGACAGCCAUAUUAUACUCUAGUUGUGAUGUGUUGUCCUUACAAGUCUUGACAUACCUCUAGUCAGCUUUUUUUUUCUAAUCUAAUCAGUGUACCCAUCUGGGCAGCUUUCUAAAAGCAGUCAGGCACUGCAAGAAGUAAAACAAAAAAUGUGUGACGUAAUGUUUUUUUUUCAUUGUGAUUUUUGUGUUGCUGUAUCUGGUUGAAGGUCCCGGAUAGCUUUUAUCUCAGUGUUUUUCCUGCACUCAUGUUCUUUAUUAAUGUCUCCAGUAUCUACAAUAUUGAUGCCAUUAGUUUCACCCAAUAUCUGUGCACUUGUUCACUGUCAAGUUUCCUUAGAUACUUUUUAUGACUGGACUGCGCAGAUCAGCCAGAGAUUACCAAUGCAAUCAUUGAAACUUUCAUCCCCCAAACAGCCUCAAAACAUAUGUCAAGGAUUCAUGUGAGGUCUACUGGAAGAAAACAAAAACUCAGUUACUGAUUUUAAUCAUAAACGGUGCCAUAUUUAACACUGCAGGUACAUAAAGGGACUGCAACUGGUCUUGAAAGCAGCUUUUAAAUAAUUUUUGAUCCUGCUUAACGUGCUACACUUUUACUGAUGUUUCCCUAGAAAUUAAGUGUUUGUGCCAAAAUAGGUGGUCAAACGACACUUUACCUGUUGUAAGGUCACAUGGUGCAUGUGUGUAAUGCUGCUUAAACCUGGAACUUGUGUCUGAUGAUGCCAGUACUAUACUAUACUCUUAUAACUAAGCCAUCAAGAAGCACUUAAAAUAGUAGCAUUUCUAUUGCGUGCAGAGAGCAUAUUGUGGGAUUAUUGCAAAGCAUAAUAAUGUCCUAUACUUGGUGCUUAACUUGUGGCAGUACAGUCAAGCUAUUUUUAAAUAAAUUGAAUGCGACACCAAAA